UAGACACUUACCGGCUACCGCCUCGCUACUAACAAAAUCCGCAGUUGGUGAUGUUGUUUUAGGCAAAGAGGCAAAAGAGCAAUUAGGCCGAUGAGUGAGUUGCAGGGGGAAGAAGCAUCGCAAACGCAGCCAAAUUCAGAUAAUGGAUAGUAAAAGGGGUCUCAUGUGGAGGGAAUAAUAGAGUAGUAUAUCUUGCGCCGCAUGUUGGUCUCUUUGGAUGAUAUUGUUGUUUUUUGUCAUCGGAACCAACGCCACAUAGAGUUUUGUGGGUUAUUUGAAAAUGUCCCAGAAGAGGCAACAAGAGGAUGGCAAGGCUAAGGCAGAAGGGACUAGGCCAGAGGACAAGCGGAGGAAAUUUUUUACUUUCAGAAGUGCGGUUCAGGAGGUUAUGAACAGACAGACUGUCCAGCAUUACCUGGAGCCAGUUUUGGAGCCCCUCAUUCGUAGGGUGGUAAAAGAGGAAGUUGAGUUGGCUCUAAAAAAACAUUUGAUGAGCAUCAAAUGGAGUAGCGGGAAAGAGAUACAUGCUCCUGAAUCAAGAAGCUUACAACUGAAGUUUGCAAAUAAUCUUUCUCUUCCUGUGUUCACUGGAGCUCGAAUUGAAGGGGAUGAUUCUACUAUAAAAGUAGCUCUUGUUGAUACUCUUACUGGGCAAAUUGUUUCCUCUGGUCCUGAAUCUUCUGCCAAGGUGGAAAUUGUAGUUCUUGAAGGUGACUUUGAUGGUGAUGAGGCUGACAAUUGGACAGUUGAAGAGUUUAAGAACAACAUUGUGAGAGAGAGAGAAGGAAAGAAACCUCUUCUUACAGGAGAUCCAUUUUUUACUCUUAAGGAAGGAAUUGGUUUGGUGGGUGAGAUUUCAUUUACAGAUAACUCAAGCUGGACCAGGAGCCGUAGGUUCAGACUGGGGGCAAGAGUUGUGGAUAACUCAGAUGGAACUAGAAUAAGGGAAGCAAAGACAGAAUCCUUCAUUGUUAGGGAUCACCGAGGGGAAUUGUACAAGAAGCACCACCCUCCUUCCCUGUUCGAUGAAGUCUGGAGAUUGGAAAAGAUUGGCAAAGAUGGAGCUUUCCACAAGCGUUUGACUCGAGAAAGUAUCCUGACCGUCAAAGAUUUCUUGACCCUACUCAUAUUAGACCCUCCAAGGCUUCGACAUAUACUUGGCACAGGUAUGUCUGCUAAGAUGUGGGAAGUCACCGUGGACCAUGCUCGGACAUGUAUACUUGACAAGAGGACAUUCUUGUAUUGCCCGCCUGGUUCUCAACAGAAAUCCGGUGUGGUCUUUAAUGUUGUGGGACAAGUGAUGGGAUUACUUUCAGAAUGCCAGUAUGUUCCCGUUGAUAAGCUGUCUGAAACAGAAAAGGCUGAAGCUCAAAUCUUGGUAAUUACUGCAUAUAAACAUUGGGAUGAAGUUAUCUCUUUUGAGGAUGAAGCCUCUCUCAUGGGUUCCUCUUCACAAUUAACUAAUGCUCUUUGCACAUCAAGCUCCCCCAUGACUGAUAUUUCUAGUGGGAGCAAGACUUUAGCUUCUCAGAAGAUGGGCGGAUAUGAUUAUACACAACUGAAUGCCUCUUCUCCUGAUAUUAUAUCAUCCAUUUAUUCUGUUGGGAGUGUGACUGGCUUGGAUGAUUAUGGCUUACACAGUAUAGAAAAUAUGGGUCUCAGAUAUGACCAGACAUUGAGUUAUCCGAGCCAAGUCAGCAACUCCCUGAUAUGUGACACAGAGUCCAUCACUCGUUCUUUCUGUGAUGAGGAUCAUCUGCGGUUCUUUGAUACUGAUCUUCAGGCUCAGAGUAUCACUUUGGGAUCACCGGCUGAUCUACAAAGUGCGGUUAGUGACUUCUUAAGACCUCAUACCGUUGGUAAAGCAGCUCAGAUGAGAUGGACAAAGCUGUUCAGUGUGCUGAAAUUUUUCUAUGUAAGGAAAGUUGUGGCCAAAAAAACAACUCCUCUUCUGAGAUAUGCCUAGUGGGCUGUGAAAUUUGGUUUUGUUUCGGUAGCAAGUAUUAUAAUAGUGAGAGCUGCCCAAUUAAGUUUUGUGUGCAGUUGUAGAUUGCAACAAGUUGCUGGUUUUAUUAGAUGUAGAUUCAGCUUAUAGUUCAUAAAAUUGGGGUCUGCUGGCUGAAGAUGAAAACUACGCGUUAGAUUGUGGAUAUGUAGAUGUGCACACAGGUAUUAGGUUUAGGGUUCUUGCUGUAAACUUUCAGCUGCUUCGUUUGAAGCUUUAAUGUUCAUGUGAAAACUUGAAUGCUUGACAGUAGCUGUCAAGUUGGAUUAUCAUUUUGUACAACCGCAUUUUGUUAAAUAAAGGCUAAGUAUUUUAUUUUAUGCUUA